CAACAACAGCAUCCCGACUCAUAUGAUACCCCAAGACGCGCUGCUUUUCAUAUAAGAUUAUUUUUUCCCAUAAUGGCGUCGCGGCUCUCUUGCCAGCGGUUUCCGUCUGCCAUGCGCACUGCGCGGGUGGCCCACCAAUCAUGCCGGCAUGCAUCUUCAGUCGCUGCUGCAUUGAAGGGUUCUAAUCUGCCACAGGAUGUGAAGGACUCAAUAGCACGCGACGCUUCUCUUCCUACUCCUGAUCCUCCCGCCGACUCGAAGACGAGCGGUCUUGUGAAGAAUCACCUUCCAUAUAUGGUUCCGACCUAUGUUCGACCUCCUCCCAUGUUCGAAAAGGGCAAGGGAUGCUAUCUAUGGGAUGUUGAGAAUAGGAAAUACCUAGAUCUCACAGCUGGUAUUGCUGUCAAUGCGUUGGGCCAUUGCGACGAGGGAAUGGCUUCGGUGCUCUACGAGCAGGCAAAACAACUUGUCCACACGUCGAAUCUUUAUCACAACCCAGCUACGGGGCUGCUUUCCAAACAGCUCAUUCAGUUGACACACGCAACCGGUGGCAUGCAACAAGCAACACGGGUAUUUAUCUGCAACAGUGGCACGGAAGCGAAUGAAGCAGCUAUCAAAUUCGCCCGCAAAGUGGGAAAGUCGAUUUCCCCGAAUAAGGACAAAUACGAGCUUGUUUCGUUCCACAACUCAUUCCAUGGAAGGACCAUGGGCGCUUUGAGCGCAACACCGAACCCAAAAUAUCAAGCACCGUUUGCUCCCAUGGUGCCAGGCUGCAAAUAUGGAACCCUCAAUGAUGUGGAUGCGAUCAAUGACCUGGUCAUAGAAGCGACGUGCGGUGUCAUCGUUGAGCCCAUUCAGGGUGAGGGUGGUGUAAACGUUGCCACGCCCGAGUUCCUUACCGCCCUUCGUAAGCGCUGUACAGAGGUCGGCGCCGUUCUCAUCUUCGAUGAAAUCCAAUGCGGACUGGGAAGGACAGGAACAUUCUGGGCGCACGCCGGAUACCCGAAAGACUGCCAACCUGACAUUCUCACCACGGCGAAAGCGCUUGGGAAUGGCUUUCCCAUCGGAGCGACUAUUGUGAACGAUUUCGUCUGCGACCAUAUCAAGACCGGUGAUCACGGCACGACCUUCGGCGGCAAUCCGCUCGCCUGCCGUGUAGCGUCAUAUGUUCUUACUCGUCUCUCCUCGCCCGAGAUUUUGGAUGCCAUACCCGCGAAGGAGAAGGCUUUCCGCCGUCACUUCGAAGCUCUACAACAACGAUUCCCGGAGCAGAUUACCGAGAUCAGGGGUAAGGGAUUGAUUCUGGGGUUGCAGCUCAGCACGGAUCCCACCCCUAUCGUUACGGCAGCUCGCGAGCGCGGUCUUCUCGUCAUCACCGCUGGCACGAAUACUCUGCGAUUCGUGCCGCCGCUGACCAUUACAGAAGCGGAGAUUGACGAGGGCAUGACAAUCUUGGAACAGGCGAUGGAGAGCGUUUGGAGCACGAGGAGUUGAAAUAAGGGCGUUGCCCACGUCUUUUUGAAAAGUGAAGCGUUGAGCAUAUGAUGUAUUAGGUGUUGGUAGACCGCGAUUUCUAGAUCUUCGAAUACCAUGGUGGUCAUUUCCAAACCGUGGUCGCAAUGCGAUAUUACGAC